CUCUCUCUCUCUCUUUCUUUUUCAUGGACAUGCACCAGAGCGACAAAAAGCUAGCUUAACAGUUAGGGCUCUCUUCAUCCAUGGCGGAUUCAUAAAUUUUUCCAUCUUUUCAUUAUUACGCUAAUUGAAUCUUCAUGAAUUUCAACGGUUAUCUCGGCGACGGUUCUUCCGGUGACCACUUCUCUUUCUCCGCCGCAUCCACCAUGCCUCACUCUCGUCCCUUCUCCUCUAACGGUCUCUCCCUUGGACUCCAAACGGAUGGAGUAAACGGAGGAGGAGAGGCUUUCGAGACGAAUGCGACUCGUAAUAAGAGUAGAGGAGGAGAAGAUGGAGAAAGCAGAUCUGAGAGUGAUAACGCCGAAGCUGUCUCCGGCGACGAUCUCGAAACCGGUGAUAAACCUCCGAGGAAGAAGAAACGUUACCAUCGUCACACUGCUAAACAAAUACAAGACCUCGAAUCGGUUUUCAAGGAGUGUGCACAUCCCGACGAGAAACAGCGUCUUGAUCUCAGCCGUCGUCUCAACUUAGAUCCACGACAGGUCAAGUUCUGGUUCCAGAACCGCCGUACUCAGAUGAAGACUCAAAUCGAACGACAUGAGAAUGCUUUGUUGAGACAAGAGAACGAUAAGCUUCGAGCUGAGAACAUGUCUGUACGCGAAGCAAUGAGAAACCCUAUGUGCAGCAACUGCGGCGGACCAGCAGUCCUCGGCGAGGUCUCCAUGGAAGAGCAACACCUUCGCAUCGAAAACUCGCGUCUCAAAGACGAGUUAGACCGGGUCUGCGCCUUAACCGGUAAAUUCCUUGGCCGGUCACCCCCCGGUUCACAUCAUGUGCCGGACUCAUCACUCGUCCUCGGAGUUGGAUCCGGUGGUUGUGGUUUCACUCUCUCCUCUCCCUCCUUGCCUCAAGCUUCUCCGAGAUUUGAGAUCUCUAAUGGUACCGGUUUAGCUGAACCACCGGUUAGUGAUUUUGAUCAGAGAUCGAGGUAUCUGGACUUGGCUCUUGCGGCUAUGGAGGAGCUUGUGAAGAUGGCUCAGAGACACGAGCCGCUUUGGAUUCGGAGCUCGGAUAAUGGGUUUGAAAUGCUUAACAAGGAAGAGUACGACGCAAGUUUCAGUCGAUGUGUUGGACCAAAGCAAGAUGGGUUUGUGUCUGAAGCUUCUAAAGAAACUGGAAACGUUAUCAUCAAUAGCUUAGCACUCGUUGAAACCUUGAUGGACUCGGAACGAUGGGCGGAGAUGUUUCCGUCUAUGAUCUCAAGAACAUCAACCACGGAGAUUAUCUCUAGUGGCAUGGGAGGGACACGAAACGGUGCACUUCAUCUGAUGCACGCAGAGCUUCAACUGUUGUCUCCACUUGUGCCUGUUCGACAUGUCUCGUUCUUGCGGUUCUGUAAGCAGCACGCGGAAGGUGUUUGGGCAGUUGUAGAUGUCUCAAUUGAUUCCAUAAGCGAAGGUUCUUCUUCAGGCUGUAGAAGGUUACCUUCUGGUUGCCUCGUACAAGACAUGGCCAAUGGCUACUCCAAGGUAACGUGGAUUGAGCACACGGAAUACGAUGAAAACCGCAUCCACCGUUUAUACCGCCCGUUACUCAGCUGCGGUCUAGCGUUCGGUGCACAGCGUUGGAUGGCUGCGUUACAACGUCAAUGUGAAUGCCUCACCAUUCUCAUGUCCUCCACUGUUUCACCUUCACGUAGCCCAACACCCAUUAGCUGCAACGGGAGGAAGAGCAUGUUGAAGUUAGCAAAGAGGAUGACUGAUAAUUUCUGCGGCGGCGUAUGUGCAUCGUCGUUACAGAAAUGGAGCAAACUUAACGUCGGUAACGUGGAUGAAGACGUUAGGAUUAUGACUAGGAAAAGUGUGAACGAUCCUGGUGAACCGCCUGGAAUCGUUUUAAACGCUGCGACUUCGGUUUGGAUGCCCGUUUCUCCAAAGCGGUUGUUUGAUUUUCUUGGAAAUGAACGGCUGAGAUCUGAAUGGGACAUCUUAUCCAACGGUGGUCCCAUGCAGGAAAUGGCUCAUAUCGCUAAAGGCCAUGACCAUUCAAACUCUGUCUCCUUACUCCGUGCCACCGCAAUAAAUGCGAAUCAGAGCAGUAUGCUGAUACUACAGGAGACAAGCAUAGACGCUGCAGGAGCGGUUGUGGUGUACGCGCCUGUUGAUAUUCCUGCUAUGCAAGCUGUGAUGAACGGUGGAGAUUCUGCUUACGUGGCACUACUUCCCUCAGGAUUCGCCAUUCUCCCUAACGCUCCGCAAGGGUCAGAGGAACGUAACGGUAACGGUGGGUGCAUGGAGGAAGGAGGGUCGUUGCUAACGGUGGCGUUUCAGAUACUGGUGAAUAGUUUGCCUACAGCUAAGCUCACGGUGGAAUCUGUAGAGACGGUUAAUAAUCUGAUAUCGUGUACCGUUCAGAAGAUUAAAGCUGCUCUUCAUUGUGAUAUCACCUGAGUUGAGAUGGAACGGUGUGUGUUUGUGUGGAUUGAGUCAAGAACGAACCUCAUCUUGUCAGGAAUCGGUGGUGUGAUGGUUCGGGCAUUUACUCAAUAUUAAAUUUUAGUUUUGGAUUAUGUUGAUGAAAAUGUAAUUUCGUUUUGUUUUCGGGAAAAAUGGUAUUUAAAACACCAAGAGUGUAACUUAUUAUCACAUUAAACACUAAACUUUUUUUUUAGCACUUUAAACUUUUAAAAUGACAUUUUGUCAUAAUAAACUUUCAACCAUGUUUUUCUGGUCA